AUCCGGUUAGUUUGUGGAUAACCAUCCUCCGAAAGUUGAGGGAGUCAGUGUUUCGGGUUGGUGUGGUUAGAGUAAGAUGCUGUCUCUCGUCACAGCCACUACUAUAGUAUUAACCGUUUUAAGCGUAACAACUGUAUAUGCGAAAGUAUGGGAUAGAAAAAUGCUAGAUCUCUCCAGGCAGAGAAGAUUGUCUUCGACUUCAAUAGAAAAUCGACCAUCAUGUAUGCCCGACACGGUGGCGCCAAGCGGGCAAGUCAAUACCACCGAUCGUCUGCGCCGCCUGCGUUUUAGUAUGAAAGAAAGGGGAUAUGCUGCUUAUAUUAUAACUAAUAACGACGAACAUCAGAGUGAAAUUUUAGCAGAUUAUGAUAAAAGACUACAGUAUAUUAGUGGAUUUUCUGGUUCAGAUGGAGUGGCUGUGGUUUUAGAUGACAAAGCUCUGUUGUGGGUGGAUGGAAGAUAUUUAUUGCAAGCUGAUUUUCAACUGGAUUGCAAUUGGUUUGUGGGAGAACAUGAAGAAUCUUUUAUUGGCUGGCUGAAAGAAAAUUUACCUGAAGGAUCCAGAAUUGGAAUUGAUCGACGUUUAAUUACUUGGGAAGAGUGGGAGAGGUGGCAUUAUGAAUUAAAUGAAAAAAAAAUGAGAUUAAUUGGAGAACAGACGAAUUUAAUAGAUGCUAUUUGGACUAUAGCACAAGGAAGACCUUAUGAAGUGGUUGAAACAAUUUUCAUCCAUGACUUAAAAUUUGCUGGUAAAAGCUGGGAAGAAAAAAUUCAGGAUUUAAGAAAUAUUCUUCUUAAACAAAACAUUGAUGGAAUGAUCGUUACUGAAUUGGAUGAAAUUGCAUGGUUGUUUAAUCUAAGAGGCUCAGAUAUAUAUGGAAGCCCACUAUUUAAAUCUUUUGCAUUUAUAUCACAAGAACACAUUAGACUUUAUGUGAAUUUAGGAAAAGUAACAUGGGAAGUCAAAAAUCAUCUGAAAAGUGAAAAUUGCAAUAAUAAUGAUUGUGUUCAGCUUCGAGCCUACAAUUAUGUUUACACUGACCUGCAUAACCUCUUAAAAUCCAUUGAAAGUGUGCUAAUAUCAUAUUCUGUCAGCUUUUCUAUAUACAACCUCAUACCAAAGAAUAAACUUCGAGCAAGACAAUCACCCAUAAUAGCAAUGAAAGCCAUAAAAAAUCCAACUGAAAUUAAAGGCAUGAAGAAUGCUCAUAUACGUGAUGCAGUUGCCAUUAUUGAUUUUCUGGCAUUAUUAGAAGAAGAAGUAAAAGCAGGGAAGCACUGGGAUGAAAUGAGUGCAGCCAAAAUGUUAGCAAAGUUUAGAAAAGAACAAGAAUACUAUAAAGGAAAUAGCUUUGAGACCAUCUCUGCUUUUGGACCAAAUUCAGCUAUUGUGCAUUAUGAACCAUUGCCAAGUACAAAUAAAACAAUCGACACAAGAAAUGUUUAUCUGCUGGACUCAGGAGGGCAAUACCUAGAUGGAACAACUGAUAUUACUCGAACGGUCCAUUUUGGCAAACCAGAUAACUUUGUAAAAGAAGUAUAUACACGCAUUUUAAUGGGUGUCAUUGACGUCAUGACAGCAGUUUUGCCAAGCAAGGCUGGUGUCAAUGUUGAAUCUUUUGCAAGAAGAUACCUAUAUCAAAAAGGAUUAAAUUAUGCUCAUAGUACUACACACGGAAUAGGCUCAUUUUUAAAUGUUCACGAGAAUCUAGUUUUUGAACCUGGUGCCUUUUUAUCAAAUGAACCAGGAUAUUAUGAAGGAGGGAAAUUUGGAAUAAGACUUGAAACCACGAUGAUGGUUAAAGAAAUGCCAAAACAGUAUAAUCCAUAUAAAGACAAAUAUUAUGGAUUUGAGCCAAUUGCAUUUAUUCCUUUUGAACCAAAUCUGAUUAUGGUGAAUAUGUUAAACAAACAACAGAUAGCCUGGUUGAAUGACUACAAUGGCCGCACCAGACACAUCGUUGGCAAAGAACUGCUGAAACAGAAGCGGCACCGGGGACUAAACUGGUUGAUGGAGAGAACAAAGUACGUAGAAGAUCCCUGCAAGAGUCUUGCCACACCUAUCGAGUUUUCGCCUUUCUUGGUUUCGGUACCUCUGAUCCUCUACCGAAUGCUAGUUAGCAUAUACUUGUUUUAAGAAACAGAGACUAUUAACUAAUAUAUUAAUCUUCUAAAAUUUAAAAAUUUGUUAUGCCUCAAAUUUAGUGUUUUUGAAUAUAUUUACGACAGAGCGUUUAAAGUUCUCACUGUAUCAGUGUGCAUCAUCCUGUGCUGUACAGCAUGAACGUAAUUUAUCUAGUUGAACCGACAAUGGCAGAGGGAGAGAGAGCCCGCCCGUGUAAAACCGUCAUUUCCGUGCUGUCGUGAACCGGUCCCGUUCGCUUUUAAAACCCGGAAACAGAUGGGUGUUAGAAUGCUAAAUAAAUUUGUGUUGGAAACUU